GUUCAUUUUAUUACGAAAGUAUUUAGCAAGAAAGUGAGUAGAUAAACCCAUAAGUGCGGAGUCUAAUAUAUUUCUCGACUUCGUGAUAGGAACUAUCUCUCCUUUUUUGUCUGCUGCGACAUUACACCAUUACCUACGACGCGACCUACCUGACCUACUUGACCAACCGUUGGUACGAAAUAGGAUAGUGGCACUUCAUUUAAUGUGUGUAACCAUUACCUGCGCGAAUUAUCUACAAUAUAAAUAGCGCGUAUUACUGUUUGUACGCCAGAUCAAUUCCCCCGUUGUGAUAACAACGAUGAAAAGUUAGUUUAAAUUGAGUAUAGAUAUUCGUAUCCGUUCUGUUGUCACAAUAAAGAGGAAAAUUUUUAUAAAUGUGAUUUACGAUCCCCUGUGAUGAUCUUGCAAUGUAUCUUUUUAAGUUGGAGACUGUUUAAACAUUAAAGUAUGAGGAGAAUGACGAUACGUUCAUUGCUUAUUUUAUUUGUAUAAAUAAAAUAAAUAUUGUGACUGUUUAUUUCAGUAUAUCUAUGUUUCAGUUUGUCUUAAAAGCUAGUCAAAUGAACCUUGCUAUUUUAUAAAAACUACAGCAUUCAUUUAUCUGAACUCUCUCACCGUAUUCUCCCCAAAAUAUGCUUAUUUUCUAAUUCGCUGCGCUCAACCGAAAAUAACCUUAUUUAUUUUCUCAUUUUUGUGACAUGGAAGACUCAAAGAACUUCGACUAUAACGUGUACGGUUCAAGAACUAAUUGACAUGUGAGCGCUUCCAUGCCUUGUACGCCCUUUAAACACUUAAAAAACCACGUGACGGGCCUUGGUCAUAUAUACGAAAAUGAAUUCAAUUAAUAAACAAUAAUAAUAAAAUGUCAUAAAAACAAUCGCAAUUUUUUGUGAACUUUCCCAGUAUAUUGCACACACCCUUGGGUUUCUUACUUCGACUUUUCUAAUUGUCGACAACAUAAUCUGAAUUUUAAAGUUCACAUUCCGAGUGUCCCAAGAUAUGUUGUAAUUUCAAAUGGUAAAAUAAAAAUAAAAAUUAAGUCUUCUCUUGUGUAAUUCAGUCUUAUAAUACAUUUGUUAGUCACCUAUACAACGAAACGACAUACGUAUACAACUAAUGUUGAUUGGCUAAUUAAAGGCAGGUGAACAUUUCAAAGUUCUGAUACAGAAAAGUCAGAAGAAAUUUACAAGAUAUAAGUUCGUAUUGUUGAGUUGUAGCUGUAAGCCUUGAGACAUACUGUAUCUGUGGAGCUGCUGCCAAAGUUGUGUUUUUGAUGCAAGAAUAUAUAGUUUUAAUUGGGCCGAGGCGUUCAUAGCGACAUGUUUGUUACCUGCGCUGAGCAUAUCAAUACACAUAUCAAUGACACGGUAUAUUUACACGAUCUAUCCAACAGAAAAUUAUUUUCUUACUUUCCGAAAGUGGUUCUUGUAAUAUGUUAUGUCUCUGUGUAUACAGUGAAUAUAAUUGGUAAUAUUUCAAUAUGGAUGGCUAUACUUUCUCGAAAGACACUUCAAACACCUAUGAAUUAUUUUUUGUUGAACUUAUCACUCACGCAUAUCAUUUCUGGAAGUAACUCUGUCUUCUUUGCUAUUGUCACAGACACAGGCUCAAUUGCGAGUUCGCAAACUAGCCUGGAUGCUUUGUGUGCUUACAGUGAAGGUUUAUGCGUCUACUUCAUCAGUGCUGGUGUUUAUUUGUUUACGUUAUGUGCAAUUAGUAUCAACAGAUAUGUUGUCAUCAAAUAUCCAACACGUCACGAACUUCGUAUGAAAAAGAAAGGGAUUGUGGUAUACAGUAUUUUCAUCUGGCUUAUAUGUAUUGGUUUGCUGUUCCCUUCAUUUAUUUCCUUUCGUUACGAAAAACACGUAAGAUUGUGUUUGCGCAAUUGGAAACAUAUCAAAUAUCCAUUUAUAUAUAGAAUAGCAUUACUUCUGUUUUCCUUAAUUUUGCCACUGACAUGUCUUAUUAUUUCCUUUGCUGCAAUUUUGUGGAAACGUUUGCACGACUCUGGUUUGUUUAGUAACCGCACAGUAAUUGCAAGAAACAGAAAUUUGCAGAAGGCAGAAAAACUUUUGGCAACUUCCAUUGUUGCAUUUCUAAUAACUUGGCUUCCUUUUUUUCUUUAUUGGCUGUUAUGGACAAUCGGAUAUUUUCCGGGUUGUGAUGGUGCUGUGGAAGGGAUGAAAUGGAUGCGAGUAACAUUAUUAUUCUCAACAAUAAACGGAGCCAUAGAUCCUGUUAUAUAUACUGCUGGAAACCGGCAUCUACGGAUGGCUAUCGCAUACCAGUUUAGGAAAUUUUUAUCCCUACCAAUAGAAAAAAGCAAUUUUCCUAACAGAGUAGUUUUUACAAGAAAUCAAGCAAUCGUAAGGAAGGAUGAAUACAAAAAGUGACACGUAAUAUAGUAUUACUAACGAAAUUUUCUUUAGAAAAAGUUCAGUAUGGUAACACUAAUGUACAGUGACGUACUAGCACAGUUUUGACUUUUCAUAUAUUAUGCACAAUGUAAAACACUUAAAAUGGUAGAACUGAUAAUCAUCUCCAAAGAUGUUUUUAGUCGGUAAUUUGAUUGAAUACGACGUUGUGUUUUUGUGCUUGUUCUAAGCGCUCUAGAUUUAUUUUCUAUUUCGAAGCUAUGGUUAUUUUUAUGAAGCAUUUCAAUCUUCCAUAGUUAAUGAAACGAUGAACGGGUGAGUUGUGGAUAAAUAAAUGUACUUGCCGUCUACAAUAAGUUCUCUUUAACGUGUUUUAUGACGUCACAUAAUUACUGUCAUUACGUCUGUAUUAUAGAAAAUGUAUAAAUAUUUUAUAAUUAUGCUUAGUUUUGGAUGCUUUUGCUGAUUUUAUCGCUAGCUAGCCGUGUGACUCGAUUAACGUUAAUGUUUUAUUCAUUUUGAAACUUUAUAAUACGCUAUAGAUAAGUUACAGGGUGACGUAUUUUUUUGCAUCGAGAACAGUAGGCAUUCUCACGCAUAUGCACAGGUAAGGAAACAUAAACAACAGACCGUAAUGACGGGUAUAACUGAAAAAUGAAGCAGCGCUAAAAAUAUAAUCUGUUCUUAAACAGAGAAGAUAAUAGUUGAGAAAAAAACAAUUCCAAUGCGUUUAAAUCUUGUAUUCCUAACAUAGGCCAACUUGGUCCAUAUUGUCCUUUUUUUUGCCAGUCAGGAUGCGUACACAUAUAUAGAGCUUUGUAAACAGUAGCAACUCAUCUAUUUGUUAUCUUCGUCGGCCAGUUAAUUUAAACAAAACACCGAAAUUGCCGAAAUGGUAGAGGGGACACAAUCGAUGUGUGGCAACUAAUCUUCCAGGCUGCAAAAUUAGCCUUCAAAAAAGACAUGCUAAAUCAGAUAAUGUGAAAUAAAAGAUUUAUUCGGAUAGUAACAUAUUAAUUUCUGAGAAAAGGACAAUACAUGCUUAACAUUAAAAAGUUAUUUUUUUGUACUUGAACAAAAACGCAUUCCAUGGUCAUAGAGACAGCCACUAUUUACACUGUGGUGUAUACAAACUACCCAUGAAUUGAUUAUGUAAACUGUUAGUUGCUGACUUGCAAAGCUGUAAAUAAAAACCUUAAUUUUAAAUCUGUAUUAUAAUUGGCACAACAUGAUUUUUUUUUUUGGUCAAAUUACUAAAAUAUGGUAUCAUGUGAUCUAAACCGUUGAUGUUGACAACCUUGUUCUCGCGUAUUUAAUUUGGUGAAAAAACGUUCUUUACAUUUGUAUUGGUGGUUCUGAUUAUUUUUUGAUGUACCUUAUGAAAUGUCUACUAAAAACUAGAACUAAAACUGAAAUUUUACGAGGUGAAAGAACAAAAAGACUUUGUAAUAUGUAUUAACCCUUAUAAACUAAACUAAAAUUUAGUGAACAAUUCAGAGAUGGCGAAUAAGAGUAAAUAUUGUGUGAGAAUAUUUGGUGAUAUCAGAACAAAAUCGCCAAUUUUGCGAAUUUUUCUCCUUGCCAAAUUGGUACGAAUAAAAUAUUAUUUUCUAUUUCAAAUAAAAAAAAUAUGAAACAUUUCUCUCUUCACUCAUUUUUAAAUGUUGCAACUAAAAACAUCACAUGAUUUCUCACUUCAAACUCCAAUGAAUUAUUUUCUGUUAAACUUAUCACUUACGCAUAUUAUUUCUGGAACUAAUUCUGUUUUCUAUGCUGUGGUGACAGACACAGGCUCAGUUGCGAAUUCACAAACUAGCCUAGAGGCUUUAUGCGCUUUCAGCGAAGGUUUAUGCGUCUACUUCAUCAGUGCUGGUGUUUAUUUGUUUACAUUAUGUGCAAUUAGUCUCAACAGAUAUGUUGUUAUUAAAUAUCCAACACGUCCUGGACUUCGUAUGGGAAGGAAAGCCAUUGUUAUAUACAGCAUAAUUAUCUGGUCCUUCACUACAGCAUUGCUGUUCCCUUCAAACAUAUCUUUUCGGUAUAACAAGCAAGUGUGAUUAUGCCUUCGUAACUGGGUGUAUAUCAAGUAUUCUUUUGUUUAUCGAUUAGUCAUGAUGUUGUGUUCUUUAUUACUUCCACUCAUCUGUCUAAUUUCAUCCUAUUCGGUAAUUUUGUUCACCCGCUUACAAAAAAAUAAUUUGCUCGAUAAUCAUGCAUUACCAGUGAGACAAAGACGUUUAAAAAAAGCUGAAACACUUUUGGGACUAUCAAUCUUAACUUUCAUUGUAACUUGGUUUCCUUUUUGUCUUUAUUGGUUGUUAUGGACUAUUGGUUAUUUCCCAGGAUGCUCUGGUAGUAUAAAUGCCAUGAGAUGGAUGCGCAUUACAAUAUUGUUCACAACCUUUAACGGGGUCAUUGACCCUAUGCUGUAUACUUUUGGGAACAAAAAUCUCAACACUGUAAUUUUGAAAAGUUUUAGAAAUAUUUGUUGCGCACGACAGAAAAAGAAUAAACGUAACGAGAGACCAAAGAAUAAUAAUACGGUUAUAGAAAAACUAGAGAUUUUAAAGUGAUGCUGUAUGAAAUCAUAAACAAAGGAAAAUUAUUUCAUUUACUAUGUUUUAUCUCCUUAAUGAUAGCGGCAUUUUGUGUGUUCAAAACAUCUGCGCACAGCUUUAUUCCGACAUGGGUUAACGAAUAAUUUCUUUAACAAUAGCCGUGUCUUGUAUGUUCAAAAUUGCUGCGUAGAACUUCAUUACGGAAUCCCCGCAGAGUAAAUAACUUGUUAAAGUGGCGAACGAGUGGAUUUUUUCACUAGAUAACGGCUAGUGUAUUACAAAACUCAACGUGCCGUCGGCGAGCGAAUUUUCGUGGACUUUUUCGAUGGAUCGAUAAAUUGCGGUGAAUUUCCACGGGGUUACAGCAGUUUAAUAAUUAUUUGAAAUCGAACAUGUAAUUACUGUUUUGCAAAAAAAACAGAAAUUCUUUGCUAGAUAUGUUAAAUAUUUAUGGUGGAACCUCUGGAAAGCGAAUACCGCCAUAAGGUCCACAAAGCGGGCACUGCUAAAAGCGGAGACACUGUCUGAACACUUUGACUAAAAUUGACAUUUACACUUCUUUCCCAACUGCGACAAAACUAUGCAGAACACACAGGAAGGUUGGGGAUGGCCUAUAAGACGCAAACAAAUUCAUAUUAAAUGUAAAAAUUAUUGGAUUAACCCUCUCUAAGGCGGACGAAAAUUUUUGUUCCAGAAGUUUCAGAUUGGUGGUUGCAACACUUGCCAAGUAUUCUAACUGUUAACAUGUGAAAAUUCAGCAAAGCUUUUCUAUUUAUUAAAUCAUUAUCUAUGCUAAAAUACAUCUCCUUGUAAUUUUCUAAUUGGCUGCGCUCAACCGAAAAUAACCUUAUUUAUUUUCUUAUUUUUGUGACAGGGAAGAACUUCGACUAGUAGUAGUAGUAAUGUUAGGAACCGUGUGCUAUCGGUAGUCAUAGCACAAUAUGAUACAUCUAUAUCUCCUACGAACUAAAUUACAACUACUGAUUUACAUUCGAAACGUUUCCGAAAUCGUGGCUAAGCCGGAUGCGAAAAACCCCAUUCUAUGGGGAAACAUAUCCUUAGACCCCAGUGCUACAGCCACUAACCCUCCAAGGUUAAGGGUAUCAUUAAAAAAUUACACUGUUGUUAACAACAACAUUAUAAACUAUUCAAAAUAGAACUGUUUAUCUUAUAGGUAAUCAAACAGUUUUAACGUGUACGGUUCAAGAACUAAUUGACAUGUGUGCGCUUCCAUGCCUUGUACGCCCUUUAAACACUUAAAAAACCACGUGACCGGCCUUGGCCAUACAUACGAAAUUAAAUUCAAUUGUUCUACCAUGUCUUCAAUCAAAAGAUUCUGUUUCUGCAACUGCAGAGGAGACCAGAGUCAUUAAUUGACAUGUCAAAAGGUGCCUGAAAUGUUACAAUCAGUAUUUUAUUUAACCAAGCCUAAUUUUUUCAAAUUUUUUAUAACUACACUUUCGGCUCUGACUAGAGCCAUGAUCGCAUCAAUGUACAGUGGUAUUUCUCUAUCGCUAACUUGCAAGGGCCAAAAAUUUUGUUCGAGAUAGAGACAGUUCGAGAUAAAGAAAGAAAAAUACCUUAGGCGGACCACAAAGGGACCAAGACUUUAGUUUGAGAUAGAGAGAAGUUCGAGAUAGAGAGUAGUCGAGAUAGAGAGUUUCCACUGUAUUUGCAAACGAAUCUUUACAUCUCCGAGCCUGUCAAAAUUCUCUUUUUUGCUAUAUUCACAGCAGAUUUAUAUUAUUUGGUUACAUUCACAAUCAUCAUCGGUACUAUUCUUCGCUAACGUCAGCACACUUCCCUGAUAUUUAAAAUCUUUUCUGCCUGUGGAAUUGUUUACUGAAUUGUUCCAUAAUUCAGACAUGCUGGAAAGAGCAGCUAGUACAUUUUUAACGUUGUUUAUUGGCCCACACCUCUCUCAAACUAAAACGCUUGUCCUACAGAAUAUUUGCUUGGUGAUACAGUUUGACCAUUUCGGGAAAUAGUGAAAAAACAAUAAUUUCCUCAAAUGAUAUAAAAUUGGAUGAAUUACACUAUUGGUCUAUUAUGGGCUGUUUAUAUUUGCUUAACCCUAUUCGGUCCAGGGGGGAGGGGGGGGGGCGGAUUCCGCUCCCCCCCUGACAGUUUUUUUUAAUAACUCAUUAUUGCUUUGUUAUAUGGCUAUGAUACUGAUAGUUACUGAGUUUCAAUAUUUAUCUGUUAGACACCUGCAUGCUAAAUUUUUAGGUCCCAUACCUCUCAGAGGCUUUGAUAUUAGUCAUUACUCAAAACUACCCCAAAAAUCUCUAUGAAAUCGUUAUAAUGGGGAAAAUAUAAUAACUCCUGUUAGUAUUAUCGUUAGAACUUGAAACGUUGUUUCAUCAAGGAGAACCAUUUUGCAUAAUUUGGACACGUGACUAAUGCGAUUUCCCGAUUCUGUCGGGCUUUACCCGAGAAUCGGAAAAAUCCGGAUUUUUGGCAAUUUUUUAUGCUAUCCAUGUAAAAAUCGAAAGAUAUGUUAAAUAAUUUUUAUUUAGCUUUCAGAAACUUUAAACUGAUAUAAAAAUUCGCUCUAGAACAAAAGUAAUUAAAUUAUAAGCAUAUAGUGGCAUUUUAAACAAAUUUCAAGCUUCUGAUGACGUCACAGAAAAUGUGCUGACCCAAGCAAAAAUUUAUUGCCGCCAUUUUGUUUCUUUUAUGACGUACUAUAAAUGUGCCAAGUUUGAUUCAAUAUGAAAAAGGGCGGAAUCCGCCCCCCACCCCCGGCCAUAGUAUGUUUAAAAACCCAGGACCGAAUAUGGUUAAGCCGCAUUCACAUGUACGUAAUUUUUUCCAUUUUUAAAUUCUCUUACGUUACGUAAAGUAUCUACGUAUAUGUGACAUGUUUAACAGAAAGCAAAAAUUUUUGUUCGUAGGAAACUGUACGUAAGCCAAAAGAAGGAAGAAAUAAGAAAAAAAUUGUGCAAUAACAUUCGAUUCCAUAUUCGAAAUUCUACAAUACGAAUGUUUUAUUCAUUGUUAUAUCAUCAUUGAUUUCACAUUAAAAUAAUACAUGUAUACUACAUUACAACAAAUACAUGAAAAUUUAAGUGAACAGCUCCAUUCACUAAUUAAUUAGGUAUGCAUUUUUAAGAAUAGAUUGAACAGGAGCAUAUAGCAUACACUUUGUCGACUUGCGAAUGUUAUAAAAAACUGACAAAAAAGGGAAUAAAAAGGGGUUUAGCAAGCGAUAAAGUAAAAAUGAAUUGAAUCGAAUUGAA